ACAGAUGGUUGGAUGGAUGGAAUGCGAUGUUUUCAUCACUAUCUUUUACAGCUUUCUAAGUUUUACCUGAUCAUUUGUAGUGAAUGUUGGUUUAAAUCUGCUGGACACUGAAGAUGAGAUUUUGGAAUCUAAAUAAUGUUGAUCAAAUCAAUAAAACGAGCUUAAUAAACAAUAGAAACAUUUGAAUAAAAAAAUCUGAGCGUAAAAUCGCAUUGGUGCCAAACGAGCUUGUUGGGGUUUAUUUUCAGUGAUGGAGACUGUACCGUGUGUGUGUGUGUGUGUGUAUGUGGGUGUGUGUGUGUGUGCGUGCGUGUUGUGUUUCGGUAUGUGUGCCCCCUCCUCUCCCUCCACCCCCUCUCUCCAUCCUUCUCCCUCCGGAGCUCAGAGACGCGUAAAGUCGCGGCUCCGGCGCGCAGCCUCACGCGUCCUGCUGUGUUUUCUCCGUCUUUGCGCUUCAAGAAGACUCGCGGCUCGCCGAGCCGUCCUCCCGCCUCCGUCCCUCCACUCUGUUUUCUUCCUCUCAUGCCGCCGCUGGGGCGCGGGAUAAGUGGCGGCUUGUGAUCGAGCUCGCUGGCUGAACAUGGCGUGCAUCGGGGACGCGGAUCCCUUCACCGCUGCGAUCCCUGCCACUAAAGUUGAACUCACGGUUUCCUGCAGGAACCUGCUGGACAGAGACACGUUUUCCAAGUCUGAUCCAAUUUGUGUCCUCUACACUCAAGGAAUUGCCAACAGGGAGUGGAGAGAGUUUGGAAGGACAGAAGUCAUAGACAACACUCUCAACCCUGACUUUGUUCGCAAAUUCAUCCUGGACUAUUUCUUCGAGGAGAGGCAGAAUCUACGCUUUGACCUGUGA